AUGGACGGAACAUCGCAAUCGCAGCCUCAACCCCCCGAGCAAACACCUACCUCUCUCUCGCCUUCCGCCCAACUCGACCUCGCCAUCACCCUAGCCCUCCACAACUGGCCUGUCCUCAGCCUCGCUGUCCAAUCCUCCUGGGGAGGCCCCACCUCCGCCGACAAGCGCGACUGGCUCUGCGCCGCCAUUGCGGAACUCUUCACCGACCGCCCCGACACCGACGCAGGCGAUCUCGAAGAGGUCCUGCUGCAAGUGAUGAACGAUGAGUUUGACGUCGUGGUUGACGACGAGAGUGCGGGUGACGUCGCCGAUCGGAUCAUCGACCUGAAGGGGAAAAUCGACAAGGGAGAUCUGGAGAUGGUGAAUAAGUUGUGGGAGGAUUGGAAGCAGAGAGAGGGCAAGGCUUCUAGUGUUGGGUUGUUUAAGAGGGUGGAGACAAACGAUGAGGACCAGGAGACGGACGAGGAUGAAGAGGAGGAUGGAGAGGAUGAGGAUGUCGAGAUGGAGGAUGCGCCAGCGACAAGGCCGCCGCGGGAGGUCAUAGAGCCCGAAGUUGACGAGGAUGGUUUCACAAAGGUUGUUGGGAGGAGAAAACGGUGA